AUGGUAUUGAUAGCACCACUUUCAAAUGAAUCAAACUCAUCCAAAGAUCGAUGUCUACGCAAAAAGACGUUGAUAAUAGCUUUUAGUGUGGUAGUAUUGCUUGCAUUGGGUGCUUGUGUUUGGGGAGCUGUUAUGACUUCCAAGUUUGUCAAAGUUAAUAAGAAGAAAUCGAUUUAUUCUGAAGAAUUCGAUUUCAUUGUAGUUGGACUUGGUGCUGGUGGUUCAGUUAUUACUUCUCGAUUAUCAGAAGUAUCAAGUUGGACUGUAUUGGCUUUAGAUGGUGGUCCACAUGAAGAAUUGAGUUCUACUCAUAUAGAUCCAAACAAUUUAUUGCCAGUGUAUAGUUUUGUAUCUCCUCAUGAUCCAAUCAUUACUAGUUUACCAUUACGAGCUGCCAACAACAAAAUCAUGUAUUUACCACGUUUCAAUGGUCUUGGUGGUACAGCUCGUUUGUAUGGUGGUAUCAAUGUUCGACCAUCUCCAUCGAUCAUGCGUCGAUGGCCAGCUAAUUGGACAUAUGAUGAUUUACUACCAUAUUAUAAAAAAAUUGAAGAUCACUAUUGUUACUAUUAUAAUGAGAAUAUAACUGGUAUAUCCAAUGAGGAUUGUCGAAAAUAUCAUGGUCAAUACGGUCCACUUCAAGUGAAUCCAACUUAUCUUCCUGAAUUUGCUAAUGUAUCGAAGUUAUUUGAACCUAUUUGUAAAGAUGUUAGUCAACUUUGGGGAGGUUAUAAUGCUGAUAUAAAUGGUCAACAACAUCUUGGAUGUUCUUUGUUUCAACGUUAUUUCAAUCGAAAAGAAAAUAGAACUGAUGAACAAUCAGAUUAUUUUCUUGGUACAUCGUUUCAAGGUUAUCUACAACCAUCAGUCAUCAAUCGUGGCAAUCUUCGUAUUCGAUCAGCAACAAUGGUUACAAAAAUCUUGUUCGAUAAAAGUUCACCACCUAAAGCUAUUGGAGUGAUGAUUCAAAAUGCAACAGGUUCAUAUACUAUUAAAGUUAAUAAAGAAGUAAUACUAGCUGGUGGUGCAUUUGCAACUCCGCAUCUUCUUCAAGUAAGUGGUAUUGGUGAUCCUUUGGCACUUGCUCAAGCUCGUAUUCCAUUAGUGGCUACAAAUUAUCAUGUUGGAAAAAAUCUUCGAGAUCAUGUUGCUGUUCCUAUGGUGCUUCGAUUAAAAGAGGCUUCUUCAACAUUUCCAAAUGUAGUAACAAACUCAACUGGAUAUGUGAAAUCUAUACCAAAUGGAAGUAAAUCAUGGAUAAUUACGUUGAAUACUGGUUUACGACAAGAUAACAUUACAGAUUUGCAAAUCUAUUUCUCAAACACGAAUUAUCAUUCACCAGAUCUCUUCACCAAUUCUGAACCUCGUCAAUGCCGAUUUGGUUCCAAUGGACAUCGUGAAACACCGGCUGAGAUAACACUGCGCAUGAUUUUACAAGAUCCUUCAUUUUUAGGUAAUGUAACUGCAAUUUCUGAUAAUAUUCAUCAUAGACCUAUUAUUAAUUUCAAUUGGGAAUCGAUUAGUGAUUAUGAAUAUGGUGUAUUUAAUGUUACAAUUGAAAAAUUUCGAUAUUUAAUUAAGAAUACUGAUUGGGGUAAUCUAAUUGCGGAAGAAGUAUAUCCCGGUAUUGACGUUCCCUUGAAAACUUUUAUUGAUGGUCAUUUAGAAACUGCAUUACAUCCGAUUUCAACUUGUCAAAUGGGAUUGUGUAGUGAUACAAGAUUACGAGUGUUUAAUAUAAGUCAAGUUCGAGUUUGUGAUGCUUCAGCAUUUGGCGAACAAGUAGAUGCUAAUCCAAGUGCAACUAUAUUUGCUUUGGCAGAAAGACUAGCUGAUAUUAUUCGAUUUGAUUACAAUGAACUUCAUCAACAACCUCAAUCGAAAACAUCACGAGUGAGAGAAGCUUCUGGAUCAACUAUUUCAUACAAGACAACAAAUAAUAUGAAAGAUUAUUCAGAAUUUUUUCCUCAAGGAGCUUAA